UCUCCCCUUCUCCUCCCAUUCUGCCAUGGCCGAACGGCCCACCGACGAGCGGGCUCCCCUCCUCGACCGCGAGGCCCAAGUUGAAGCAGGUGAAGAUCUUACCUCCCCUCCUCCUCAAGAGAAGCGCGCAUGGUGGACCCUUGCAUGGUAUACAGUCUUCACCAUCCUCGGUGUCCUGGUUGUCGCGGUCUUUAUCAAGGGGAUCAUCGACUCGGACGACGUUGAUUUCGACCUCGGGAAAGCGCUCAAGUCUGCCCUGGGCGGAGGGCUCAGCGGCGCGGCCGCGAUGGUCCUCCAAGUGCUCACGCUCAUGCCCCUUCGCACGGUCAUGAACUACCAAUACCGCUACGGCACGACGACUACGCAAGCGAUCGAGACUCUCUACGCCGAUGGCGGCUGGACGCGCUACUAUCAGGGCCUCAGCGCAGCCCUCAUCCAAGGCCCCGUCUCUCGGUUUGGAGAUACCGCGGCGAACGUCGGCAUCCUCGCGCUGCUGAAGUCGAAUAAGUACCUGAAGAACCUGCCCGCGCUGCUGAAGACGGUGUUUGCGAGCUUGGCUGCGGCGGCCUUCAGGAUGAUACUCACGCCGGUGGACACGGUGAAGACGACGAUGCAGACGGAGGGCAAGGCGGGGAUCGCCAUCCUCCGCUCGAGGAUCAAGCGCUACGGCGUUGGUACGCUCUGGUACGGGGCCUUCGCGACUGCGGCGGCGACCUUCGUCGGGCACUACCCCUGGUUCGGGACCUACAAUUACCUCGACGAGACCCUCCCCCAACCUAACACCAUCGUCGAGAAGCUCCUCCGACAAGCGUUCAUCGGAUUCUGCGCGUCCGUCGUCUCCGACUCCAUCUCGAACUCACUUCGCGUCGUCAAGACAUACCGCCAGGUACACGAGACGCGCAUCGGGUAUAUGGCCGCAGCAGAGGCGGUCAUCGCGCAGGACGGGCUGAGGGGGUUGCUUGGGAGGGGGUUGAAGACGAGAAUCUUGGCGAACGGGCUGCAGGGGCUGAUGUUUUCGGUGCUGUGGAAGCUAUUCCUCGACAUUUGGCAAGACAAGACUGGCAAAUAGAAGUGUAUCGUCCACAUGCUCACGAUGGUUUGGAUGUUUUCUGUACCACAAUGCAUUUUCUUGGGUUCUGCUAUAGAUCGUUCCAUGCUCACCUUUCUGCAUGCACGAUACGGCCGCUGACAGGUAUGUUCGUUCGAAUCGACUUGUCAGGAUCUACGCAUCGCAUACUCGGGCCGACACACCGCCUCCCUCCUGCCCCCCUCCCAAUCAUCCCAGCACAAGCUGGACCACGCCGUGUCCCGUCCGCCCAUCCCCGCCCGUGGGUCGCCCUCCCUCCCCGCCACCGACUUGCCGUUCCCCGGCUUCCCCUCCACGAGCAUCUUCUCCCAGCGCGCCACCCCCUCAAACACGAACCCCAUCCUGCGCGCAAAGCCGACAGAAGCCGCGUUCGCGAUGUGCGACGCGUACGUCACCAGCCGCAGCCCGAGCCCCCCGUUUCGGGGCACGUCCAGGCAGUACUGGAGAAGCAGCGCGACGGCGGCGGACGUCAGGCCCCUGCGCUGGAACGCGAGCAGGCAGACGAGGACGCCCACCUCGACGGAGAGGUUCGCAGGGUCUGCGUCGAGGAAGCCCGUGAUACCCGCGAGCGGCUCGCCGGGGGACGCCUUGUCGAGGAUGGCGAGGAGCAGGAAGGACCCAGCGGCGUUCUGGGCGCGGCGGGAGACGUAAGAAAGCAAGGCGGCGAGGGAGGGGAAGGGCCCUCAGAGGAGGUAGUCGUAGAGCGCGGGGUGGUCUUUCGUGCCUUCCCAGUAUGCGGGGCCAUGCGCAGCUGGAUCGAAGAGGACGAGCUUGACGCGGUCGUUCUCGAGGUCUCGCCAGGGGAAAUAGAAGUUGUAUUCGAUUGGCGGCAGC